UCCGCCGGAAGUAGCUGUGAUCAUGGCAAACCGCAGCUUCCGGGGGAGCGGCCGCGCCUUCGCCGCCGGUGUUUGGGCGCUGGCUUAGCCACAAUGGUGGAGAAGAAAACUUCGGUGCGGUCCCAGGACCCCGGGCAGCGGCGCGUGCUGGACCGGGCGGCCCGGCAGCGCCGAAUCAACCGGCAGCUGGAGGCCCUGGAGAACGACAACUUCCAGGACGACCCCCACGCCGGCCUUCCCCAGCUAGGCAAGAGGCUGCCGCAGUUCGACGACGACGCCGACACCGGGAAGAAGAAGAAGAAAACUAGAGGAGAUCAUUUUAAACUACGUUUCCGGAAGAACUUCCAGGCCCUUCUGGAAGAGCAGAAUUUAAGUGUGACUGAGGGCCCUAACUAUCUCACAGCCUGUGCGGGGCCCCCUACCCGGCCCCAGCGCCCUUUCUGUGCAGUGUGUGGCUUCCCUUCUCCUUAUACUUGUGUCAGCUGCGGAGCUAGAUACUGUACUGUCCGCUGCCUUGGCACACACCAAGAGACUCGGUGUUUGAAGUGGACAGUGUAAGUCUGUGACCUUUCCCCAAGGAAAGAAAACCCUGCCUUGCUCUCUCCCAGAGGGAAAAGAUGAAACUGUUGGGACCUUACAGCUUCCUAGACAGAACUAUUCCUCAAUCUCUCUUUUUUAAAAAACUUUUUAUUUUGUCAUUCUGUACCCCACAAAUAUCAUCAAAAUCAGCAUUUCCACAUACACAGAAGUCACAGAAUAUGGUAAUACAUAAAAUUCUUAUAUACAUUUUGCAUUCUUCAAAGGAUAUAAUAAAUGCAACAUGUUAAUUUCAGAGCUGUCCUGCUAGUCUCUCCUUCUGAACCCUCUUCUGUGCAUUUUUAAAAGCUGUAGUGACCUUCAUUUUUUGACAUAUCUAUUACUAGUUCUCGUCUUCUAAAUCCCUCCCAUUUAAAAAAAAAAGCAACCUAUUAUAAUAAAUAAGCAUAAUCAAACAAAACAGAUCCAUACCUUUGCCUUGUCUGAAAAGGCAUAUCUCUUAAUCCUGUUUCUUUUUGAACAAGGAAGAUAAGAACUUGGGAAAUGAGAGCGCCUUCUCUCAGUCUGCCUCCAGUGCUUCUUUAGAUGGGGGAGGUAGUAUGGGACUAAAUCCACAAAACACUACAGUUCAAUCUAUGUGUCUCUAAUAAAGCCAUAAGAAAAAGC